AUGGCCGCCAAAAUUUGUGACACUGACGGGGGUUCGAACUUCCUCAUUUCGCCGUUGAGCAUUUACUCCGCUUUAUCCCUCCUCCUGCCGGGAGCAAGGUCGCAGUGCCAGAAGGAAAUGGUCAGCACACUGCGACUUGAUGCUGCACAGGGCAUUGAAAGCCUGAGCAAAGCUGUUCGUAAGAGCCUUCAGGCUAUUUGUGAGGGCGACACGAAGAAGACGUUGGUGCAAGCCAAUGGAAUGUUUGUCCAACAGGGAUUGAAGAUCGAAGCAGCAUACACGAAGACGAUCACUGACUUCCACAAGGCGGUAUCACAUGAAGCAUUGCGGCAGUUGAAUUUUAGAGGUGAUCCGGAGUCGGCUCGAAUGUCGAUAAAUCGGUGGAUAGCGGAGAAUACGAAGGAGAAGAUAAAGGAGCUGUUGGCCACGGGAACAAUUUCGAGCUUGACUCGCCUUGUUCUGGCCAACGCGGUGUACUUCAAGGGAAAUUGGAAGGCGAAGUUUGACAAGAAGGACACGGACAAGCACGCGAUAUUCCACACCCUGUCUGGAGGUGAGGUGAAGACGAGUAUGAUGCACCGGAAGGCUCACUAUCCGAUGGCGGACUUUGUGGACCUCGAGGUGCGGGCACUGAAGAUUCCAUUCGAAUGCCACGAGAUGUUGAUAGUGUUGCCAGAAGAGGAGAAGGGUUUGCCGGACGUGUUGAAGAAGCUGAAGGAGAAUCCGGAGAGUUUCAAGGAGUUGUUUACGUCGGACCAGUACUUUGACACGGAGGUGAUUUUGAAACUGCCCAAAUUCUGUCUGGGCGGCGAAAGCAUGGAACUGAAGGAUGCACUUGUGCAAAUGGGUUUGGGGUCAAUAUUCUCAGAGAAAGACGCCGACUUCUCGGGCAUAACUGGGGACAGAUCAUUGACAGUCUCGGAUGUGUACCAUCAGGCUGUUGACGAGGAGGGUGCAGAGGCAGGUGCUGCCACGGCUGUUCAAAUGGUUUUUUAUUGUAUGUCGAUGCCACCACCGGAGUUUGUCGUGGACCAUCCAUUCAUUUUCUUCAUAGUCACCGAGUCUGGCUUCCCCGUGUUUAUGGGGCAUGUUGUUGAGCCGAAGACAAAGGCCUGA